AUGGAGAACUUGUGGGCGUGCGACGUGUGUGACUUCAAGAACUACGAUGGUCACAAAACGUGUAUCUUGUGCGGCACCGAGCGCGACUUCACUUUGUAUGGAAAGGUACCAUCGAAGCGAACAGCGGCGGUCGAGGACGGCAACAAAGCUGCAACGGCAGGGCUUUCCCCCACAAACUUUGUCCUCAUGAACGAUUCGACGCCGCGCACGAUCAAGAAGAAUCGCAAUUUUGCCAAGCUCCGACUCAACAACCUGAACAUUCGGCAAAAGGGAGCGCGGCGGCGACACGACUGGGUUCGCAACGUGGACGAGCAGAGCGGCAACAUUGUUUGGGGCCGGAAUCGAGACAUCCUGGACCACAAGGUGCUCAAGCGCAUUGUGGUGAAGGACUCGCUACCUCCCCUUGCGGACGACGGGGACUUUGACCUGCCGAUGCUGCGCGACUCGGUGUCGAGCGUGAGCUCGGUCGGCAGUAUCGCAAGUGUCGGGUACGUGAGCAAGAUGGUGAUGACGCCGAGGCACCCCGACGGGCGCAUGUCGUUCGAGACGGCGGAGGGCCAGACGGCGUUCCAGACGGUGAACCCGACCGUGUUUUCGUCGGCCGAACUCAAGGACGUGUCCCAGCUCUCGUUCCAGCAAAAGCACGCGUGGUUUGUCCAGUACACGUCGACGAUGGAGGUGCCGUGGGAGUACGGGCACAUGCUGCUCGAGAUCGACCGGGCCAACUUGCUCCACAACUCGUGCGAGCAGUUGCUGUGGGCAACCCACGACCAGCUGCACCAGUCGCUCCGAAUCAAGUUUUUGAACGAGCCAGGCGUUGACGCGGGCGGUCUCGAGCGCGAGUGGUUUACGCUCAUGACGGAAGAAAUUUUUGACGAACGCACGGGGCUCUUUGGCGCGUGCAUGGACAACGCGUACAUGAUCCGCGCCACGUCGAGCGAAGCGUCCGAGGACCAUCUCAUGUACUUUCAAGCGAUCGGGCGCUUUAUCGGGCGGGGGCUGUUUGAAGGGAUGCUGCUGGACGCCCACUUGGCGCUGCCUCUGUACAAACACAUCCUCGGGACGCCCAUCACGUUCUCGGACCUCGAGUUUAUCGAUGUCGAGCUGUACAACAACCUCAAGUGGCUCAAGCAGAACAAGGGCGUCGAGUCGCUCUGCUUGGACUUUAGUGUGAAUGUGGCGCAGUACGACAAGGAGCCGCUCACGAUCGACCUGUGCCCGAACGGCCGGCACAUCGCCGUCACGGACGACAACAAGGACGAAUACAUCUACCUCCGGUUCAAGUGGAUCAUGAUGACGAGCAUUUCGCCGCAGCUGGCAUCGCUGAUCAAGGGCAUCUACAGCGUCAUUCCGCUCGAGAUGCUGUCUGUGUUUGACCACCAAGAGCUCGAGCUCCUCAUGUGCGGCAUUCCGGACGUGAAUGUGGACGACUGGAAGGCGCACACGACGUACAUUGGAAACGAGUGCGACCCCCAAGUGAUCGAGUGGUUCUGGGAGGUCGUGACGGGUUUUUCGACCGAGCAGCGCGCACGGCUGCUGCAGUUUACGACCGGGUCGGCGCGGGUGCCAGUCCAGGGAUUCAAGACGCUCACGAUGAAUGACGGCCGCAUCUGCUUGUUUGCAAUCCAGGGCAUUCGAAAGGAAGAGUGCUUGUACCCGCGCGCCCACACAUGCUUCAACCGGCUCGACCUCCCCAUGUACUCGUCCAAGAAGGACCUCGAGACGGCGCUCACGAUGGUCAUCAAGAUGGAAGUCACGGGCUUUACGAUCGAAUAG